GCCCAAACCAAAAUCCAAACACAACCACACCAUAAUGCCUCCUUACCCUUCUUCCUUCAUUCCCUGCUCCAUCCUUGUCACCGUCGUCGGAGUUUUCUCCUCCUCCGCUGCCGCCGUUACCACCACCAUCUCUCCUCCACUACCCUAGAAACCAGGCUUUUCCUUCACCGCUGUCGUCUCAAUCGCUUCAACAUGUGAGAACCGCAUCGCUAGGGUUUUGUGCCGCAUCUGAUGCAGCAGCAACAACCGACUCUUAUCCAGCAAACGCUCAUCGACAUGUCUACUUCUACAUCGCCUUUUUGCCAAGCGCUUUCGCUUCGCCCCUCGCUUCCUUCCACAUCUAGAGUUGAGCAUAAACUCUAUAAACCGAAUAGUUCACUCAAUCGGACCGCUCGCCUGUCAACAUUUUCUUCUUCAAGGUCUUUGAGAAAUAACUGGAGAUUUUCAUGCUUUAAGGAUGAAAACUCUUCUUUGGAUUACACCAUCCCGGAGACUGCAGAAGAUACGUUGCCAGGAGAGGCUCUAGAACCAGAACCGAACCAACCAAAUGUGAAGCAUGAUUGGCCUUCRAACCUUAGAAAGGCUGUAGAUGCUAUAUUUAGAGCAGAACCAUGGACAGUGCCAUGGACGGCUAAAACCAUUCUUCAGGUGAUGCUCCUCUGGAUUGCCUCUUUCUGGUUAGUAGGAUCUUGGAUAAUACCAUUUUUAGCGCACAUAGCUGGUGUCAGAAAGGAGUCCUUAACUUAUAGAGGACAAGCAUUUUACAGUCUUUUGACAGAUGUGGCAGAAGGCAUUGCGGGUAUUGCGAUUCUUCAUCGUUGUCUCGCACCAUUCCGCCCCCUAUCAUCUGAUUGGUUCAAGCUUAGUUUUAAAGGCAAUUGGCAAUUUGAUGUUGGUUUAGGAUGCCUCAUGUUCCCCUUGGUCAACCGGCUUUCACAGGUUAACCUGAAUUUAUUACCCAUGCUUCCACCUGCUCCAGUCACUGUUUCAAACGUUGAGCAAUCAAUUGUUGCACGAGACCCUGUGGCAAUGGCACUUUAUGCCAUUGUGGUCUCGGUUUGUGCCCCAAUCUGGGAGGAGGUUGUGUUUCGAGGGUUCCUUCUGCCUUCAUUGACCAGGUACAUGCCUGUAUGGUGCUCAAUACUGGUGAGUUCUUUAGCUUUUGCAUUGGCACAUUUCAAUAUGCAGAGAAUGCUGCCACUUGUAUUUCUUGGGAUCGUAAUGGGUGCUGUUUUUUCACGGUCAAGAAACUUACUGCCUUCUAUGCUCUUACACAGCCUUUGGAAUGCGUUUGUAUUCAUAGAUCUUAUGAAGUGAUUAUUAUUGUCUUUUAAGGCGCCAAUUUGCCAUUUAUUUUCUUCUUUUGUACAAAUAUAACAUUUGGUUUUAAUAAUGAAAGAUGUUACUUCCGUUAAUAGACAGUUAAGACA